AAUGCUAACUCUAACCCUUGCAGUGAUCCGCCCGAUUCCUCCCAACAACCCUUGCGAUCAAUCAUCAAAUCACUCUUUCGCGAGAACGACGUAAACCAGCUCAUCUCCAAAUUCAAGCGCUUCUCCGCCGACCGCAACUUCCGCAGUAAGCCCGAAGUUUACGAGAUCAUUAUACGGCGCCUUACCGCAGCUGGCCGGCUCGAUGCAGUAAACGACAUCAUCGAGCACCACAAGAGCUAUGAAGAAGAAAUCUCUCACGAGGGAUUUGCUGUACGCCUCAUCUCUCUCUACGGCCUCGCUGGAAUGCCCGAACGCGCAGCCGCACUUUUCCAAGAGCUCCCAGCGCUCGGCUGCCCUCGCACUGUCUUUUCCUUCAACGCUGUUCUCACCGCCUACACCCGGUCGAAGGUCGCCGAUCGGAUUGCCCACCUUCACAAGUUUCUUUCAUCUCACGACGCCUCUAUAGAGCCCAAUCGUAUCUCAUACAACAUUUUGAUCAACGCUCUGUGUGAACGGGACCUCCUUGAUGACGCUCUCAAUACCCUGGACUUGAUGGAACAGCGUGAGAUUAAACCCGACUUGGUGACUUUCAACACUCUAUUAAAUGCCUUUUACAGCAAGGGUUUGAUCCUCAAGGCUGAUGAGAUAUGGCAAAGAAUGACAGAGAAUGGUAUCCAGCCGGAUGUGAGAAGCUUCAACGCAAAGAUCAGAGCGUUUGCUUGGGAAGGAAAGAUUCUGGAGGCAAUGGAGGUUUUGGAAGAGCUCAGGAGAGUUGGACUGGAGCCUGAUACUUUGACCUUCAAUGCUCUAAUUAAAGGGUAUUGUCGACAAGGGAAUUUGGAGGAGGCAAAGAGAAUACACAAACAAAUGGGGAAGAAAGGAUGUUUUCCUGAUAGGCAUACUUUGAGGGAAUUGAUUCCCAAACUCUGUGGAGGUGGCGAGGUUGACUUGGCUCUUAAUAUAUGCAUAAAAGCCAUAGAAAAUGGAUUCGUUGUGGAUGUAGGCAUUGUUCAGGUGAUGAUUGAUGAGUUGGCGAAGGGCUCCCUGUAUGACAAGGCUAAAAAACUUGUAAAGCUGGCAAAGUCAAAGAAUAACAGAGCAAACCUGAGGAUGCCUCUACCAUGUUUGGCACUGUAGAAUGUGCUGAUCUUGUAUUGCAGUUCAUCAUAAGGGCUUGUUUAUUUUUGACUUGAAAUCAUAUCAUUGAUCAAUUUAAAUCCAA